AUGGAAAAGUUCACGGAUGGAAUACCAAAUAUUUUUAUCAUUAUUCAUUAUGCCGGGAAAGUGAGAUAUUCAGCUGAUCAAUGGUUAAUGAAAAACAUGGAUCCAUUAAAUGAUAGUGUUGUUGGACUUUUACAAAGAGCAGAUGAUCGAUUUAUACAAGAAAUUUGGAAAGAUACAAUUAUUUGGAGACAGAGAUCGAAUCUUAUUCUUCCUAAUACAGUUAUAAUGCUUAAUUUGCAUGAUUAUGAACUUCUCUGUCCAAAUGUUAUUCCAAAAGGAUUUAUGGAUGGUAAAGCUGCAUCACAAAAAAUGAUCAAAGAACUUGAACUUGAUGAUAAUCUUUAUCGAAUUGGUCUUACAAAAAUCUUCUUUCGUUCAGGUGUACUUGGUCAUUUAGAAGAAGAACGUGAUCUUAAAUUAACUGAUAUAAUAACACAACUUCAAGCAUUAUGUCGUGGUGUACUUGCUCGAAAAAAUUAUCAACGACGUAUUCAACAAUUAAAUGCUAUUCGUGUUAUUCAACGUAAUGGUCGUGCAUUAAUGAAAAUUCGCAAUUGGAAAUGGUGGCGUUUAUUUACAAAAAUAAAACCUUUAUUACAAGUAACAAGACAAGAUGAAGAAUUAACACAAAAACAAGAAGAAAUACGUCGAAUGAAAACUGAAAUGGAAUCACGUACAUUACAAAUACAAGAAACUGAACAACAAUUACAAAUGGUUCAACAAGAACGAACUGUUAUUAAUGAACGUCUUAUACAUUUAACUGAAGCUUUAGUUGAAUCGGAUGAAAAUUUACGACGAGUACAAACACGUAAAAUGGAACUUGAAAAUAUGGUACAAGAAAUAGAACAACGUUUAGAAGAAGAAAUGGAACGAAGUAAUGGAUGGACAAACGAAAGAAAACAAUUAGAACAAAAAUUACAAGAUAUAACUGAACAACUUGAAGAAGAAGAACAUGGUCGACAAAAAUUACAAAUUGAACGUGUACAAUUUGAAGGAAAAAUUAAAAAUUUUGAAGAUAUUGUUGCUAGUCAACAAAAUGAACUUAGCAAAUUACAAAAAGAACGUAAAUUUCUUGAAGAUAAACUUCAAGAAGUUGUUCAUCAACAACAAGAUGAAGGCGAAAAAUUAAAAAAUCUUCUUCGACUUAAAACAAAACAAGAAAGUCAAUGUGCUGAUCUUGAAGAACGAUUAAAACGUGAAAUUGAACUUCGUCAAAAAUUAGAACGUGAAAUACGUCGUCUUGAAGGUGAAGUCCAAGAACUUCGUGAACAAUUACAAGAUCGUAUGCAACAAAUACACGAUUUACAAGUACAUUUAGCACGACGUGAAGAAGAAUUAACACAAGCUGUGACAAAUAUUGAAACAGAAGCAGCAACAAAAGUAACAUUUCAACGUCAAAUACGUGAAUUUCAAACAAGUAUACAAGAUUUACAAGAUGAUAUGGAAAGUGAAAAAGAAUCACGUAAACGUUUAGAACGUGAAAAACGUGAAUUAAUGGAAGAAAAUGAAUCAUUACGUAAUGAAUUACUUGAUCGUAAAGAUAUCAAUCAAGUUAUGCUUGAACGUGAAAAAAAACGUGAAGAAGAAGUUUUAACAUUAAAACGUUCAUUAGAACAAGUACAUGAAGAACGUGAAUCAAUUAUAGGUGAAUUACGUUUAAAAUAUACAAAACAAAUUGAAGAUUUAACAAGUCAAUUUGAAAAUACAAAAAAACAAUUUCAAACAUUAAUUAAAGAUCGUCAACAACAACAAACUGAUAUAAAUGAACGUGAUAAUGAAAUUAAAAAUUUAAAUAUACAAAAACAAGAUAUUGAACGUAAACGUCGACAAUUAGAAACUUAUGUACAAGAACUUCAACAUAAAUAUAAUGAUAGUGAACGUUUAAAAACUGAAAAUAUUGAUAAAUUACAACGUUAUCAACAAGAUAUUGAAUCAAUAAAUGCAGCAUUUAUUGAAACGGAACAACGUGCACAAAAUCAUGAACGUACAAUAACUAUGUUAAGACAAGAUAUACAAGAAUUACAAGAAAAUCUUCAAGAAGAAAAUCGUCAAAAAAUGAAUGUAUUAACUAAACUUCGUCAAACAGAAGAUUUACUUAAUGAAUUAAAAGAUCAAUUAGAUGAUAAAGAAGAAGAACGUCAUAAAACUGAUGGUAAACUUCAACAAUUAACACAACAAAAUACUGAAUUACGUCGACAAGCUGAACAAGUUAAUGUUGAACAAAUGGAAGAAUUACGUCGACAACUUCAACGUGAAAAAGAAACAAUAUUAAAACAAUUAGAUGAUGAAAAAUUAAUAAAUACAAAAAUAACAAAAUCAAAUCAAAAAUUUUCUAAUGAUAUUGCUGAUAUAACUGUUGAAUUAGAACGUUAUCGUACAAUUGUACAAAAUGUUGAAAAACAACAACGUUCAUUUGAUAAACGUAUACAGGAUGAAAAAAUUUUACAAGAUAAAUUACGACAAGAACGUGAUCAAAAUGAACGUGAAAUACGUGAAAAAGAAACACAACGUUUAAAUUUAUUAAGAGAUUUAGAAGAACGAAAUUUAGCAUAUGAUGAUUUAGAAAAACGUUUUAGACAAUUACGUACUGAACUUGAUGAUAUGCUUUCAACUAAAGAUGAUAUUGGAAAAAAUAUUCAUGAAUUAGAAAGAAUUAAACGAGCACUUGAGGCAACUGUUGAUGAGCAAAAACAACAAAUUAUUGAACUUGAAGAUGAAUUACAAACAGCUGAAGAUGCACGUUUACGUUGUGAAGUCAAUAUAGGUGCACUUAAACAACAAAUGGAAAAACAUGCACAUGAAAAUAACGAACAAAUUGAAGAUCGUAUGCGUUCAUUAAAUAAACAAUUAAAAGAAUAUGAAUUAGAACUUGAUGAAGAAAGAAAAUCGAAACAACAAAUUCUUCAACAACGUAAAAAAAUUGAAAUUGAUCUUCAAGAUUCACGUCAACAAAUUGACGAAGCUAAUAAACAAAAAGAAGAAGCAUUACGUAAUACACGUCGAUUACAAACUCAAAUUCGUGAAGUAACACGUGAAAUGGAAGAAAUUAAAGUCAUACGUAAUGAAUCUUUGAUGAAUGCUAAAGAAUGGCAAACAAAAAUAAAAACUCUCGAACAAAGUCUUCAACAAUUAAUGGAUGAAAAAGAUCUUGUUGAUCGACAACGUCGUCAAGCACAAUUAGAACGUGAUGAACUUCAACAAGAAUUAGCUGCUAUUGGUAGUGGAAAAGGUGCAUUUAUUGAUGAAAAACGUCGACUUGAAGCACGUAUAGCACAAUUAGAAGAAGAAUUAGAAGAAGAACAAACAAAUACAGAAAUAAUUGGUGAUAAACAUAAAAAAUUAGCAAUAACUGUUGAGCAACUUAUGCUUGAUCUUGCUGCUGAAAAAGCUAAUAAUCAAAAAGCUGAAGCUGUACGUGGUAAUCUUGAACGACAAAAUCGAGAUUUACGUGAAAAACUUGAAGAAAGUGAAGAAUUUGGCAAAGGAAAAUCAAGAGCCAUGCUUGGAGCACUUGAAGCCAAAGUUCAUGCACUUGAAGAACAACUCGAUGGUGAAGUUCGAGAAAAACAAAAAAUUAGUCGAACUGUUCGUACACUUGAAAAACGUCUUCGUGACGCUGCUGCUCUUGCUGAUGAAUCUCGAAAACAAGCAGAUGGUUAUAAAGAACAAGCCGAAAAAGGAAGUGUGCGUGUACGCAAUAUGAAACGAAGAGAAGAAGAAUUAGAAGAAGAAGUAACACAAAUGAAACAACGUUUACGUAAAGCCUUACGAGAAAAAGAUGAAAUUGAAGAAAAUCCAGCUUAUCAACGAACACGCCCUUCAGCAGCUCAUAGUUCUUCAACAUCUUACGUUCGAACACUUGUAACAUCAACAAAAUAUUAUUCCGAAUUAUCUGAUGAUGAUUUACAAUCUGAAGCAACAAACGCAAGUGUAUCAGAGACACUUAAUGGUGGUAAUUCAACAAUACGAAACAGUGCUGCUGGCGAUUUAAAUAAUGGCAAUCAUUGA